AUGCAGAGAUUUUUAAAAGGAAAGUUAAUGAGUAGGAGUACGAUCGAUGGUUUUCAUAAAACUUAUCUCGAAAAUAAAAUACUAAGUGCCAUUCGUCAUGUUACAACACAAAGUACUCGUUCUGAUACAUUAUUCCCAGAUAGAGUGGACUUCCCGAGUAGACACAUUGGCCCAAGGGAUCAGGAUAUAGUUACUAUGUUAGAUUUAUUAGGAUACAAGAGUUUAGACCAGUUAACCAAUGAUGCAGUACCAAAGAAGAUUCAAUUCCAAGGUCUUAUGAAUAUCAGUGAGCCCAUAAGUGAAUACGACCUAAUAGAACGGGUUAGGUUGAUAGCUGAAAAGAAUGAAAUAUGGCGAUCUUACAUCGGAAUGGGUUACCACAAUUGUUGCGUACCGCAUGCCAUCAUGAGGAACAUGUUUGAAAAUCCCGGAUGGACUACACAAUAUACGCCGUAUCAGCCAGAAGUCGCACAAGGUCGACUUGAAAGCUUGCUUAAUUACCAAACGAUGGUUAGUGACAUGACUGGAUUGGACGUUGCUAAUGCUUCCUUACUGGAUGAGGGUACGGCUGCUGCCGAAGCACUUUCACUGUGUCACAGGCAUAACAAACGAACAAAGUUCGUCGUGUCCGAACGAUUGCAUCCCCAGACGCUAGCUGUAGUGCACACUAGAAUGGAUGCGCUGGGCUUAGAUGUUCUGGUAGUUCCUGACGUGCGGCAUGUGGAUUUCGCCCAGAGGGAUAUUUCCGCAGUGCUCUUACAAUGCCCUGAUACUAGGGGCCUAGUUUACGACUACUCAGGCCUAGCAGCCGCCGCCCAUGAGCACGGGACAUUGGUGGUAGUAGCUACAGAUCUCCUGGCGCUCGCAUUAAUUAGACCCCCUGCGGAAUGCGGGGCGGCUUUAGCUGUGGGCACCUCACAAAGAUUGGGAGUGCCUAUGGGAUACGGAGGACCUCACGCUGGUUUCUUCGCAGCAGAACAUCAACUAGUUCGUCUUAUGCCCGGCCGAAUGGUCGGUGUCACUCGAGACACUACAGGAAGGGAUGCUUAUAGGCUAGCCCUACAAACUAGAGAGCAACACAUCCGACGCGAUAAAGCGACAUCUAAUAUUUGUACCGCCCAGGCGCUCCUGGCGAACAUGUCUGCCAUGUAUGCGGUUUACCAUGGACCACAAGGUCUAAGAGAAAUAGCAACUCGUGUGCACAAUGCAACAUUGGUGCUAGACCAUGGUAUUAAGAUGCGCGGUCACAAACAAUCAAACGAUGUUUACUUUGACACACUCUAUGUAGUGCCUAGUCCAGAUCAUGAUGCGAGUGCCAUUAAAGCUAGAGCGGAAGAGAAGAAGGUUAACCUUAGGUAUUUCGAUGAAGGCGCGGUGGGAGUCGCUUUGGAUGAAACGACCACAAUGAAGGACAUUGAAGAUUUACUUUGGAUAUUUGACUGCAAAAACGUACAAGAGGUGACGCAAACCGAAGAUAUCUUGUCUAAGAGUGUAUUGAAAGGUCCAUUCAGAAGGACCUCACCGUAUCUCACUCACCCUGUGUUCAACAUGCACCACUCAGAAACGAAGCUCGUGAGGUACAUGAAACGUCUCGAAAACAAGGAUAUAUCUCUUGUACACUCCAUGAUACCGCUUGGUUCCUGUACAAUGAAAUUGAAUUCCACAACCGAGAUGAUGCCUUGUUCGUAUAAGCAUUUCACGGACAUACAUCCUUUCGCUCCAUUGGAGCAAUGUCAAGGAUAUCAUACACUGUUCGAGGAACUUGCUAACGAUCUUUGUGCUAUAACAGGAUACGAUCGGGUGUCUUUCCAACCCAAUAGUGGGGCCCAAGGCGAAUAUGCGGGGUUGCGCACAAUAAAGCGCUACCACGAGUACCGCGGGGACGCAGGGCGGAACAUUUGCUUGAUCCCGGUGAGCGCGCACGGCACCAACCCGGCGUCCGCGCACAUGGCCGGCAUGCGCGUCUGCGCCAUACGGGUCACGCCAACUGGUGACAUCGAUAUGGCUCAUCUUAAGGACAUGGUGGAAGAACACAGUGAGAAAGUUUCGUGCCUAAUGUUGACUUACCCAAGUACUUUCGGCGUCUUUGAAGAAAAAGCGGCGGAUAUAUGUGCCCUGGUGCACGCGCACGGAGGUCAAGUCUAUUUGGACGGUGCCAACAUGAAUGCGCAGGUCGGUUUAUGUCGUCCUGGAGAUUACGGCAGUGACGUGUCUCAUCUCAACCUCCAUAAGACGUUCUGUAUUCCACAUGGUGGCGGCGGACCUGGCAUGGGACCCAUUGGAGUAAAAGCGCAUCUCGCACCGUUUUUACCAUCGCAUCCUGUUGUCGAUCCGUUGGCCGAUUUAGGAGACGCGGCUCAUAGCUUCGGUUCAGUCAGCGCUGCGCCAUUUGGCUCGUCAGCUAUUCUACCUAUAUCUUGGGCUUAUAUUAAGAUGAUGGGUCCGAAAGGACUGAGGCGGGCAACGCAAGUAGCCAUUCUCAAUGCAAAUUACAUGUCUCGAAGAUUGGAAGAUCAUUAUAAGACGCUAUAUAAAGGGGAAAGAGGCCUCGUUGCUCACGAAUUCAUUAUCGACGUAAGAGAUCUAAAGAAAACAGCUAAUAUUGAACCUGGAGAUAUUGCUAAACGACUUAUGGACUUUGGAUUUCAUGCUCCAACAAUGUCUUGGCCGGUUGCGGGGACGCUUAUGAUAGAACCGACAGAAUCCGAAGAUCUACAAGAAUUGGACCGUUUCUGCGAUGCUCUAAUUACCAUCAGAAAGGAAAUUAAAGAUAUCGAAGAUGGUCUUAUUGACAAUAGAUUAAAUCCAUUAAAGUUGGCUCCACAUACGCAAGAAGAAGUUAUCUCAGAAGAAUGGAAUCGUCCGUAUACCAGGGAGCAAGCUGCUUUUCCAGCGCCAUUCGUUAAAGGAGAGACCAAAAUCUGGCCGACGGUUGGUCGUAUUGAUGAUAUGUAUGGUGACAAACAUCUUGUUUGCACGUGCCCACCUGUGAUCGAUGACUUUUAA